UAUAUUGUGCUGCAAAACGUUACAUAAAUACCGUUAUUUAUAUUCUUCUGUUGUAUAAAGUGAAGUUACAAUUUAGCAGCUACUAAAUUUGGUCAAAAUGGCAACUAUUGAAUUGCUAGAGGAUAGAAUAGCAGAAUUGGAAAAACGUAUAUGUGGACUAAAAAAUACAAAUGGGAGUAAUAAUAUUCCACCGGAGAAUCCUGUGAUUGAUAGCCUCUUACAUGUGAAUACAUUGAUCUCAUCUGCUAUGUCAGGGCGUGAAAAGACAAGUGCAGCAAUAAAGCGUUUACCGGAAUUGAAUAGUUAUUUAGAUCCAGCAGUAGAAACCAUAGAGUUACCUAUAGAGGCUAAAGUUCAGUUACUGCUUACAAUGGAACCAGAGAUCAGACAGAAUUGUGACAUGUUACAUCAGAUGCAGGAACUGUUGCCUGUAAUAGAAACUAAUAGAUUAAGAGAUGUACCAGAAUUAUCCAGCAAACUGAAUGAUUUAAAUCUAUCGUACUUGAAAAUAUAUGAAGAGAGUCAAGACCUGAAUAGCCACAUAAAUGAAGUUUUCUCCAAAUACAAUGAAGUAAUAAAUAGCAUUUCGAAGUCAUUAAUUGCUAUAGACACAGCAGUAACAGCUGCCGAAACUGCAGCUAAGCCUAAAAAGCAAGUAGAUUAA